AGGUUAAUAGUUGUCCGGUGGAAACUUGUGGAAACUGCCUGUGGAACAAACAGUUCCAGUAUACAGCUCAAGUUCAGUAUAGAAACGUUAAUUUUGUUAUUUUUACGUGUUAUGAUUAUUCCUGAGCUUUCGAAAAGCUUCGGCUAUUUAUACAGUAAUAAACAGAGUGCCUGCUGUGUUGUAGUUUAGUACCACAAGUUAAUCGUUUGAAGAAAACAUGGCGGCGUCCUUGAGCAGCAUAGGGAGCGUGAGGGUGCUGAGCACCUUAGCUUGGUCCAGAUCAUUGUGCAGCCUCUCUGGAAGCAGGGGCCUCCAUGUUACUGCGUCGUGCUGCAAGAAUCGAGCCGCUCGUAUCCGAGUGGGGAAAGGAGACAAACCUGUGACCUAUGAGCAAGCGCAUCAUCCUCACCACAUUGGCCACCGCAAAGGAUGGCUGUCACAGCACACCAGUAACCUCAAAGGAGAGGACGGGGCAGCUGAACGCACUGUAGAAGACGUCUUCAUUCGGAGGUUCAUGUUUGGGACGUUCCACGGGUGCCUGGCCAAUGAGAUUGUCAUCAAAAGGCGUGGCAAUUUACUGAAUGUGUGCGCAGUGAUGCUACAGAAGUUACCACCACAGAAGUUUUACUUCCUGAUUGGCUAUACAGAGUCACUGCUGUCACACUUCUACAAAUGCCCUGUCAAGUUAGAGAUUCAGACCCUGCAGGAUAAGAUUGUGUACAAGUACCUCUGAUUAAACUGUCCGUAACCAUUUUCUCUGUAGAUAGUAGUGCUACCAGUUUCUACCUUUUUGAUUUCUGAAAAAUGAAUGAGCAGAUUUCAAAUAUUUGUUUUAUGUUCUCAAAAGGGUUUUAAGUUAGGAGAAAGGGGAUCACUGUUAUAAAAUUAGAUGGUGAAACCUGUUGCGGUUUCUACAAAAUGCUCAUCAGUUCUUGUUCCUGAUGUUAAAUAAAUGACCAAAACCUUGAGUUCUAAGAGAUACUUUAUAGUGCUGGUUUGCUAAGGAAAUUGACAUAACUGCAGAUAUUUAUUGAGUAUUUAAAAUGUGAAAACACAUCAAACACUGUGUCAUCAGCAGAUUUACAGACAGGUGACAAAAGAAAUACUUGAACCUCUAACCCCUCCCGGAAGAAGAUCCAGUGCUCUGGGAUGCUGUGUGGCAAUUUUGUUGUCGUGAUUUGGGUUCACCUCUCAUUUUAAAGGAGAGGGUCGAUCUGAUCACCUUUAUCCUAUGAAGAAACAUUUCUACCCUGAGUGGGUUUUUUUCAGCAAUGGAAAAGCCCCCAUCCAUCCAUAUCUUUUUAAAGAAUGAUGUUGGAUUUUUUUUCUUUCUUUUCAAGGUCGUUAGAUGAGGUGUGGAGUAGGAGUGACCGAGGGGUUCAUAGUCAGGGUGAGAUUAAAGAGAUAUCAGGGAUGGCUCUGAGUCCCUUCAUGUUUGCAAUGCUGAUGGGCAGGUUGACAGAUGAGGUCAGGCAGGAGUUUCUGUGGAAUGUGAUGUUUGCAGAUGACAAAGCGAUCUGACCUUUUUUAAAAAAUUUUUUUGGAUGAUUAAAUUAUUUUACUUUGCACACAGAAACAAAAUUAUUUCACAAAAAAUUAGUAUAUCAAAGCUCUAGUUUUUUCUCAUCUGACCAAAGGAUGUGCUUCCAGUAUGUAUAAUCUUUCUCAGUUUGUCUUUGGCAUACUUCAGCCUGGCUUCACGGUGUCUCCUCUGUGAUGAAGGAUUUCUUCGUCUGCAGCUUCAUAGCCCAGUCCUCUGCAGGGUUCUAGUGGUUGUGUUGUUUUAGACUACAGUCUUUAGAAACAUGUCUCACUCGUUUUCAAUCCAGAGUCUUUAAUUGAUUCCUCCACUAUUAUGAUCUCCAAAGCCACAUGCCAACACAACACUACCUGAACUUAAAUCUCACAAAGGUUGAUUAUCUUGUUAAUGGCGUUCCAUCUUCACUGCGUGAAAGAAGCCAACACAUCAGAGAUCCUCUGCAAAACUAGGACAUCUUACUAUUCAUCAAUGAUUAAGGAAACUAACAUAAAUAAAGGGAGAAUAACCCCAGGUUUCUUUUCAGCUCUGUAGCCAGGCUAAAAAAAGAAUCAGAGCUCUGUUGUGCCAAAUGUCAACCUUGGUGUAAGCACAGGUAACUCUACCUUGGCCAGCUAUAAAAUGUACACUUUUUUUUCCCCCCAAGGAAAUUGACUUGAACCCACCAUAACAUCACAUUAAGAUGGAAACCUACAAAAAAAGUUCAUUUAAAUGUUUCAUUUAAUUUAAUCAGUUUCAUCACAGUGCAGAUUUGUUCACAUUUUAAAGGCACAUGCACCUCAUCAGUGCGAACAUAAGGCAGACAGGAUUAAAGUGUUCAUCUUAAACAUAACUGUGCAAAAGUUCCCUUAAUAUAUUCCUUGCAAUAAGAAAACAUGAAAAAUAUCAGCAUGUGUUCCUGCUACCAAUUAAAAAAAGGCUCUUAGUAAUAAAGAGUUCAGUUUUUUUAAAAGCCGAGUUCCUUCUUCAAAUCUGAGGCACAAUACUGAAAAUCAACUGUUAUACUGGAUACAGGACAGGGUGAAGAUUUCAGACUUUGUUGUCUUUCACUGAAAGGGUUGCAGAGACAGUUAUGAGUACAAAGAUCUUUUAUGGAAACUAAGCUUUUGCCACAGAAAAAAAAAAGAAGAAUAUUGACACAAUACAUCUCCACAUUAUACAGUUAGAAGCAGCUUUUGGUUUGGUCAGAUUAGCAUAACCAUGUGUAAACCUACUUACACGCAGUUGCUUAAAUUUUCUGUGCUAGCUAACUAAUGAUUGUUGGUAUGUUUAUACUGAAUGAAAAAAAAAGUGAAAUCAUAUUAAUCCCUUCACCCAACUCAUGGAAAGCAUUUAAAUGAAACCCUAGAAUGUUAAACCAACUCUUCAAAGACGACGAUGACGAUGAUGAUGAGUCACAGUUCCAGUGUAGCAGUAAACCUUUCUCUUAACUGCUCACAAUCAAAGUCAGAAGAAGAAUCCAACAUUUUGUGUUUCUGAGAAUGGUGAAAUGUUCAGAAGACUCUGACUAUGCCUGAAAAUUGCAUUUUAUACACAAACACAUGACAGCAUGGGGAAAGAAGGUUAUCUUAAAGGUGCUUUACCCAAGUAUUUUAUAUGGGAAUUUCAGACGCUGCUAAGCAGCUAACUCUUUUCCAUCUAAUGUUUUUCUAAUUGAA